AUGUCUGUCAUUCUUUUGUUUCUCCUGGCCUCUUUUACGGCUACCACCUACGCCGCUUCCUCGGUCACCGUGGUUCAAGAUCUCAACCACCAGCUUCCUCUGGUCGCAAGGGUCAACCAGCCAUACUCCUGGACAUUUUCACCGUACACUUUCAGCGCUUCAGAUGGCCCUUUGAAAUAUACUACAUCUACACUCCCUGCUUGGCUUCUUUUCGACGAUUUAACUCAGACUUUCCAUGGAAUACCCUCAGCGAACGACACUGGCUACCCGGAGAUCACUGUUACCGCUCACGCUACGAGCUCGUCGACGUCUUCUAGAUUUACGAUAUGCGUCACGGGAGACUCCCCGCCUUCUUUGAAUUUGCCGCUGUAUCAACAAUUCAACUCGACCAGCAAAUCUUUAUCCUCUGUCUUCUUUCUACGGCCGGGUUCCGCAAUAUCUUCACCCAAUCCGACUCUUAGGGUUCCUCGGAAGUGGUCCUUCAGUGUCGGCAUCGAGAGCACUACGUAUGUCGACGGGGAUAGAGAUGUCUUUUAUGAACUUCGCAUGGCAAAUGGCUCCAACAUACCCGACUUCCUGAACUUCAACUCCCAGACAGUUGCGCUGGACGGUGUCGUACCUACUGCUGAUAAGAUCCCUCAACCAUCCCUCCUCCCGUUCUUGCUCUACGUGUCAGACCAAGAAGGCUAUAGUUCAACGACGGUGCCGUUCGAUAUCGUGGUGGCGGAUCAUGAACUCUCGCUGGAGACCGCGUCCCUUCCGACGAUCAACAUCACGACCGCGACCCCUUUUCUCGUCAGCUUGCUUUCGUCUGCUGAUUUCACCGGCGUUCUUGUCGAUGGCGGCCCAAUUCAGCCGUCGAAUAUAUCUACGCUGGAUCUCAACGUCUCGGGCUACAGCUGGCUGCAUUAUGACGCGCCUAGUCGCACCUUGUCUGGUACUCCCGGCAGCGAUGUUACUGGCUCGAGCCCUCUUCUUCCUGUGACUCUGACGACUAUCUUCAACCAGACGAUUAGGACGAACGUUUCUCUGGCGCUGGUGGAGUCGUACUUCGUGAUGCCUGAUUUGCCCUCUCUGCAUGUGAGUCCUGGCGAUCAAAUCCACUUCAACCUGGCACAGUGGUUCUCUACUUCUACCGCCAUUCCGGGACAUGAUAGCGCCAAUAUCACAGCGUCUUUCGACCCGAUUAUAACUGCGAACUGGCUGCGCUACGAUGACAACACCUCUAACCUCACAGGCACGGUCCCGCCGGAUUAUCAGUCCCCUUCGGACCAUGUGACGGUCACUUUCACGGCGUACUCUCGUGUUACACACUCGACCUCCCAUGCAACUCUCGCCAUCUACAUACCCUCCACCAAUAACACCCAAGCUAUUGUCCCUACACGUCCUAGCGGGCUCGAUGUCCAGGCGCAUAAACGGCUGGUUCUGGCCGUCGUGCUCUCCUUUGGGCUCAUUGGUGCUCUGGUUCUUCUCGUGGGCUUCUUCGCACUAUGCAGGCGCUGGGCGCGGGUCAAGGACACCGCCGUGUUGGGCGAGGAAGGGAGGAACGCCUGGAGCGAGAAGGACAGGCGGUGGUACGGCAUGACGCUCAGCCCUGGCGGCACAAGGGUGGUGGAGAGGACGCCGACGAAUCCGUCUGGGUCUGAGGACAGCCUGUCGCCGUUGACGCGGCCGCAGGAGGCGUUCCCGAACUAUGGCCUGGGCUUAAGGAGGGUCUCUGAACGGAGCCACCCGCAGGGCUCUCCUGGAGGAGAGGUGAUCAGCCCUGGAGUGCUGAGCAAGAAAGAGUUCCUGGCGAGGCUUAGAGAAACGGUGCGCAAGGUCAGCGGGAAGUACGAGCAGAGGCAGCGCGCGCUGCCGAAUAGGCCUAUGAUUGGGAAGCCUAUUCUCGUAGCGUCGACGAGAGGGCCUGAUCAGACCGACUCGAUGAUGCAGAACUCGACGUCCAAUCCGUUCGAGGAUGCGCCACUUGGUCAGCCUGGAAGCACGUUCAUGACUGGCUCGCCGUCCAACUCGACUGGAGAGCAUUCGAUUCCUAGGCGGCGACCCGACUUUGCUCCUCCCAAGAACAUGGCUCAGGUACACUUUGAUGACACGAGCUUCCUAGUACGACAGGUCUCUACGGGUUCGAUGGGCGCCAACAGCUAUCGCAGUGGAAAAAGUGGGCUUUCAGGAGAAUCUUUCGUAGAAGUACCGAUGGGCCCGCCUACCAAACCUCGACUCGUUCCGUUCACGAGUUCAACACGUGUUCCUGUCCCUCAGGCUACUGCUGUCGUGGUUGGGGCCCCAGGGGGCAACUUCCCGCCGAAACGCGUCGCAAGCCAGUAUGCUAAGGUGUGCAAGGUGGACUCUAAUGGUGAAAGCGUUGAAGAAGGCAUCAAGCUCAGCGGAACGAGUGACGAGCUUACGAUGGGGAUUCAUUACGUGCGCUCGCUUGGUGCGGAUCAGCUUGCGGUGAACACCAGCAGCCUCGGCGGCGGGUCUCCAGUCUUGUCGAACAUUCGAUCGUCUUUCACCUCUCUCGAGUCGUCUCAUCUUGGGCACAGGUCGGAAAAGGGGCCGAUGAAGGUCUUGGUCAGAACUGGAGAGAGGUUCAAGUUUAGGGUGCCUGUUGUCUCGACGGGUGGGAAGGGUAAAGGAUAUUAUGUGAAGCAGACUUCUGGUCAACCUCUGCCGAAGUUCAUUCACCCAGACCUCAAUGGUAUUGGGAACAAAGGGGUGCUGGAAUUGUCUGGGGUCGCAACCUUCAAGGACAUUGGGGACGUCAGCAUCGGUGUAUAUGCGGAGAAGGAUGGGGCCUGUGUGGCGACUGUGGUAAUAGAAGUCGUCGGGAAGCGUUAA